GAAUUUUGAUACUACUUAGAGUCUUCCCCGAUACAGAUCAUGUCUGGACGUGGAAAAGGUGGCAAAGGCCUCGGUAAAGGAGGUGCUAAACGUCACCGCAAGAUCCUACGGGACAACAUUCAAGGAAUUACAAAGCCAGCUAUCCGUCGUCUUGCUCGCCGUGGUGGCGUGAAGCGCAUUUCUGGCCUGAUCUACGAAGAAACCCGCGGAGUUCUCAAAGUAUUUCUGGAGAACGUGAUCCGUGAUGCAGUUACCUACACGGAACAUGCUAAAAGAAAGACUGUGACCGCCAUGGAUGUUGUGUACGCUCUGAAGAGGCAAGGACGCACGCUCAAAAUGCCACCACAAAAUCCACCGAGAGUAGGAGUCGGUAAAAAGGGCGAAAAGCGAGCUGGUAAGGCGAAGAGCGCCGCCGAGGGAGGAAAAGGGAAAAGAACUCGAAAACGAAGGGAGAGCUACGCCAUAUACAUUUACAAAGUCCUCAAGCAAGUUCAUCCUGACACAGGAAUCUCUAGUAAAGCUAUGGGCAUCAUGAACUCUUUCGUGAACGAUAUUUUCGAAAGGAUCGCCACAGAAGCUUCAAGACUGGCACACUACAACAAGAAAUCAACGAUCAGCUCUCGCGAAAUUCAGACCGCAAUCAGAUUGCUCCUUCCCGGGGAAUUGGCCAAACACGCUGUCAGUGAAGGGACCAAAGCCGUCACUAAAUACACGAGUAGCAAGUAAUUUGCGAACUUUUCUUGGUUUGCAAACCCCAGAAAGUCAGCCAGGAAUAUUCGAAAGGACGUGAGACAUAUUGGAUUGACUAUUGAUCGUAGCAUGUAACUUACUCAAGUUGCCCUCAAUUAUGGCGCAAAACAGUUGACAUUUUUAUCCAUUUUUAUGUUCGAUUAACGCGAUAAGUGAAAUUAUAGUUGUCUGUAAGAGAAUUGUCCUUUCAUCUCAUUAUUUUCCCCCCCUUUUUUUCAUCUACGUGUUAGUUUAGAUGCCAAUUCCUAACUGAUUAAUUAAAAAUUACAGAGACUUUUUAGAUCGAGGUGUAGUUCCUUAGCUUUCCUUGUAUUUCAGUUUCCACACGGAAGUGGUACGCAGUUCAAUCUUGUAUUUCAAAGGUUGGACAACAUGAAAUCGUUGUAUCAUGUAGACUAUCACUAAUAAAUCUGAUAUUCAGAAGUUGUGUAGACGAACUGAGUUGCACUGUUUACUCAGCUAUGUUGAAAUAAUUUGUGUCAACGUUGAAAAUUAUUUUUUUCCAGUAACCAACUAAUAAACAAAUGCAGUGGGCAGAUGGACUCAUUCUGUGAAAGCUAGA